UGUGAUCAUACAAUGAAAAUAACUUAUAUAAAUCCGAAAAAUCCAGGAGCUACUCAUGAUUCUAUAGCUUUCAACAUGUCGCCAUUGAAAGCACAUUUAGAGGAGCAACAUCUCAAUGGUCGUCGCAAUACUUGGCUCCUCGGUGAUGCUGGAUACGCUCUAAAACCAUAUUUAAUGACGGCGCUCAGAAACUCUGAGGGAGGGUCUCCACAAAGGGCAUACAACAAACAACUUGCUAAAGCGAGAAGUAUCAUUGAGAGAACAAUUGGAGUCUUGAAAAACCGAUUUAGAUGUUUGUUGCAGGCAAGAGCUCUCCACUAUUCUCCAAAAAAGCAACACAAAUGAUUAAUGUGUGUGCAGCUUUGCACAACAGUUGUCUGCUUUACAGUGCUCACCUUCCGGAUGAAAAGUUAUCCGAUGAGACCCUCAACGAUGAUGCUGGAGAUAUUGAAGUGGAGUCAAA